AUGUGGUCCUGUUCGUUGCAGGAGAUUCAGCAGGCCAUAGACGCCUUCCCUGUUUCAGCAGAAGAGAUCGAACACACUGUCAUUAACUGCGAGCGCUGCCUCAGUGUCAUCUUCCCAAGAGCUAGAGAAGUGUUGACCACGCGUUCAGCACUGGAACUGCUGGCAGCGGCUAGCGGCAAACCACUGAAAGUGGCUAACUUCCAACUGAGCAUGCCACAUGUGGACGGGUGUCUACGAAAAGGGAUGCCGUUGCAGGCGGUGGCCGUGCAAUUACCAAAGAGCGAGCUGAAGUUUGUGGUGGACAGGAUCUCCAGGUGUCCGCUAGCUCCGAAAAUGACUGGCAAACCGCAAUAUCGACCUCGAAAAGUGGAGCUGGUCACCCAGCAGAAUCAUUUACAACAGGUUGUAGCGGUGCUUGGGAAGAUGGAACCCCUCGCUCUAUUCUCUGAAUGGUCUCCACCUCGCCAGCUUUCAGCGGAGAAAGUGUUUCCGAAGGAAGUGACUGCAAGCUCGGUUUUCGACGAGCAGCAUGCCGCCUCUAACAUUUCGACAGACGGAAUGUCGUAUGAAACUGUGGCAAUUGUUACGGAUCGCAUCACAGACAAUCGGAUACUUGUACCGAAGGGAACACUGUUAGCCUCUAUUAAAAUUACCAUGUUUUCUUCAGGUGUGGUUGGUGAAACGUUUGGUCUCGAGGCAAUUGUAUGCCAAGAAGCAGCGUUUAGCUCUGUGCACACGUCACCUGACGUGAUGCUGCGUAGUAUUCAGCAAUGGCUCUUUGAUGCUGCUGUUUCUUCGUUGCCUGAAAUCCGGGAUCUCGCGCUUCAAGCUCUGCAAAAGCUGCUGCUUGCAUCAGGUUCCCUUUGUGGGCUUCUCCAGCUGGCAACGUGCCUCGUGCUCAAUACACACGUCACAGCCACAACAGCUACUGCUGAUUUCGAUAGACAAGAUUAUGAUCGCCUGGACCUGCUUUCCGAGGACGGAAAGAAAUCUGCGCGCGUAUUUAUGAAAGAGCUGGCGACGUCAAUUCAGCGUAUUAUGAUCGGCAACCACUCGCAUGGUCGUGUUCUAGAUCAGCAGCUCAUAGAACAAGUGUUUUUGAUGCAUGAAGAGGGGGAUUCUUCACCAAACAAGGAGGCUACCAAUGCUGGCUUAUCAGCUUCUCUGGUGACGCUUCUGGUCGGGCGACACCAGUUCUUAAACUCUGUGGAGCGCAGAUCACAGCUGGGGAUGAUUAUUCUUCACAUGUUGAGUGAACUGUCGGCGUGGCAAAUGAAACGAAUGCAGAAGGCUGAAGAGUUGACCGGGAAAAAAGAGCUCGAGCUCAUGCAGUUGGAAGAACCUUUCUCGAUAGAGAUUUGUCCCGACUUUUUCGCUAUAUCUCACCGUCUACUUGUCAGCAUACUGUCGCGUUGGCUGUCCAGUGUCCAGGAUCAAGCUAAGAGUGAAGGAAAAGGAAGCGAUGCUGUGUCCAAUGGGGAUCACGGUACUGAAGACGUGUAUGAUGCGUUGGCUUCGUCGUGUGUGCGUUUUUGCUCCGAUGCUGAUCUGCUAGGGAGCCAGAGUGGUGUCGAUUCAUCCCUGGAACUACCCAACGGUGCAAGCUCGGGUCAUUCGAAGUUCUCUCCUGAUGGUCUAUGCGUUGCUGUGCUCGAAAUCAUAACCUCAAACCUUCGUCGUUUGGUUCUCUCGAGGAUUGACCCAUUUGAGAUUGGAAUUACGCCAGCUCUGGUCCGAAGUGAGAGCGAUUUACUGUUCGCGCCACCUGCGUUGAACCCCACCGUGACUUCACUUGAACAACUCAUCUCACUCGGUACCAAGCGGAGUGACGCAUUCUUUCCCGUAUCCUUGAAAGCUGCUGCUGCAAUGGAAGUUGGAACCGAAGCCUUUUAUCCCUCAUCACACCAGCGAACGAAAGUAUUGGCGUCUCGCAUGGGAAAGGGCGCGACAUUAGAAGCACAAGUGCGUUGGCCUGUUCAAGAGCGUGACCAAGAAGAUCCACGCUACGAGCGACUCAUUUUAAUGCUCCAGAUGGAGUGCAUUAAACUGGGCAUUCGACACGCGAUUCGAGGCAGCUGGUAUUUCUUCAUGCACUUGGUAGUGGAAGUGCCUUCAACUCGAGACACGGAGGAGGUGUUGACACAGCACUUUGCGUCGUGCAUUCAGCGUGCGGGCUUCUCGUCGUGGCAAGUAGCUGCAGGCGCUCAAGAGCUCUCAAUCAAUCUGCAGCGCCAUCUCCAUUGGAACCGCGUGGAGAAGAUGUCCCAGGACUCGGGAGCUGGCUGGAUUCGCGUGUACCCUGCUGACGUUGCUGCGUACGAUGAAGUGCUUACCGAUGUCGAGGGAUUUCUUGCAGAGCACGGGAAGUAUAAGACGACAAUGGCACGUCCCUAG